AUGGACCUGUCCCAUCUCACACGUCCUGGCAUAUUGUGCCAGUGCGCUCGGUGCUCCAGCUCGCUGGCAGCACUGGAGAACGAAUGGGGCAAACUGUCUAAUGCCUAUUCCAUCCCGACAGCAUGGCUCAGCGUCGACCUCCAUCGGAUUUCUGUCUCCUCAGAGCGAAAGCAGAUUCCUCAUACGUCUGAUAUGACUCUUCUACGUGGUCGUGUCAUCCAGGAGGUUUCCUGCAAACUCUGCCAGCAACGAAUGGGGGUAAUCUGUCCACUCGAUAAUGGAAUGAACAUCUUGUGGAAGAUGUCCAAAGUCGCUUUUAGGGAAAUUGUCACCAUGCGAACCGUCCAGCCGCUCUUCAAACAGGGAGCCCUCGAACGAUUGAUUUGUCCCACCCCGAAAGAAUCCCCACGAAGAAAUCCCGACCAUAUUCAGGGGAGUGCGCUGGUGCCGGCGGGCCACUCCGAUCCCACUACCAUGGAUCCAACCAUGCAAAGACAAAUGCUACACCAAGGCAGGAGUAUCGAUCAGAUUUCGAGCUCAGUGAACCACCUCCAAGACACAAUGUCAGAUCUCAAGCAUUCGUUCACGGCACUUCGAAUCGAGUUGAACGGGCCAAAUCGAAUGGCAGGGGAAGGGUCGCUACAAGGGCAUGACUUCGACAUGUUUGCAACCGUGCUGAAGGAACUCAAGCUUAAGUCUGACGAGAUUGAGAAAUUGAAAUUGGAGAUUGAAGCGCUCAAGCUCAAGAAUCGGUACAUGGGUGUGACGCUGCCGCCACAGCAGGAGCCAUUAUCGGUCAUGAAUAUGAACGCCGCGCUCCCAGAAGUUCGGAGCCCUGGCUUACUUCAAGCGGGCCGCAAGCGGGCCUGGCCGGACGCUUUCUCAAGUGACCGCAGCCAGGCAAUCGCAGACUCAUUCGACGAAGAUGAUAUGGCGGAUGAUAUGUCAUUCGCAGACCCGACAUUAUUUUCCUCACGGGUUCCUCUUAACGAUCAAGAUCAAUCCGCCAUUACCAAUGGGUCAGCUGGCGAGAUGGUUAGGUCCGGGGAGUUUCAAGUCUAUGCCCCGGAGGCUCUAAAUCCUCUCAGGCCACUCCAAAGCGAAACUCACACCUACCAACAAACGAUAGCUAAACGCCCACGCCUGGGUACAUCUGCGGAAAUUGCCCCUCAACCUGCUCCUCCCCAACCCCAACCUGCUCCUCCCCAACCUGCUCCUCCCCAGCCGCAACAACAGCCUGCCCCGCAGCAGGAGCCAGUUCCGCAAAAAAGACGGCCUGGGAGACCAAGGAAGUCAGUCAGCCAAGCCACCAACGCUGUUGCCACACAGUCACCCAGUACUGUCUCUGGCACGCCGGGGAACGUUGGGUCAAACAAUCAGCCAAGUGGGUUACGGCGUCGCGCAUCUCGUCCCAGUCUGCGUGCACCAUCUCCUGCACCAAAUGAUGAAGGAAACCUUCAGACUCCUUCUGGUUCCAAUCUAGGACCAAACAAGAAAAGCAAGCGCAACUCUGGUUCCUUCAAUGUGAACCUGAUUGGUGACCAGGAUAACAGCGGAGACGACAUUGCCAUGAAUGAGAAGCGGAAAGCUAAGGUUGCGGCGCGGGACGUCAUGGCCAAGAUGGCUUUGCAACACGAGGAGGCUUGGGAGGGUGGCAAUCUACAAUAG